AUGUGUAUCGCAAAGACAACAACUGUAGCACAACGUUCGCUGUGCAAAUUACCGGUGAAACAAUUUGUGGUACCACUGAGAUCCAAAUGUACCACAUUCAUUGAGGAACCAAUUUAUAGACCACGCUUCAAAAAACGGGAUUGGGAACAGAGUUCAUUGUGGGGAAAAAUUUCCGGCCGUAUGUAUGACGCAUGGCAAGCGUCAUAUUUCGGAAAACGAUUAGCUCUUGGUUUAGCAUUUGCGUGGUACAUGUUUCAGGAUUUGGAGAAUCAUUAUGUCUUUAUUGAUGCUAUGAGCAAUAAGUUUGAGGACUAUGCGGAAAAAGAUGAAGAGGAGGUGGGUGGUUGUUCAUUUUUAUUAUUCUUAAAACAAAUUUUUACAACUAAUGAAUCUAUCCCUUUUCAUUUCAAUGCAUGA